AUGACUUGUCAGGAGCGACGCAGCAUGGAGGCCAUGGCCCGAGACCUGCAUGAUGCCCGUAGUAGGAUUGCUUAUCAUCAUCACAGCAUAGCCGACAUGUCAGACGUGGUGGAUGUGGUGUGUGGUUAUGCAUACCCCGCCCAGAGGACAGCAAUCAGAGCUAUGAUCACUAGCGCUAUCGCUGGAGGGCUAGCAUUGAUUCUGGCAGUGGCACUUGUCUGGCUUGCAGUAUCAAGCAAUAUGCUUUGUUAA